CUUCCUUCCAUUACAUUCCCUUGAGAGUUUCUGUGAUCUUCUUUUUCUUUUCUUGUUUCCUUCUGAAACUUGAGAGGGAAUGUUGGCUUUGUCCAUCUGAACGUUUUAACAAUGAAGUUUGGAGAGAUGUUUAGGUGUUUGCUUUUCUUUUCCUUGCUCAUUCAUUCAAGCUUAGCCCAGAAGUUUUCAGAGGGUUCAGGGACUUCAGAUACUCCAUCAAAGAAAUGGCUGACCCUUAAUGGCAACGAGCCCCUUGUUAUAGCUCGUGGCGGGUUCUCUGGGAUCUUUCCCGAUUCGAGCGAGUUCGCCGUGGACAUGGCAAUGACCUCAAGCAUGGGCGAUGUGGUCUUGUACUGCGAUCUGCAGCUCACAAAGGAUGGUCUAGGCAUAUGCCAACCGGACGUCAGGCUCGACAAUACCACCAACAUAGCAAUGGUGUUCCCGAAAGGAGAGAAGACGUACAAUGUGAAUGGACAAGAUUUGAAGGGCUGGUUCGCUGUGGAUUACACCUCCGACGAGCUAUUCAACAACGUCUCAUUGGUUCAGAAUGUUCUGUCCAGGCCGAGUUUGUUUGAUGGCGCACUGUCGAUUCAAUUUGUCGACGAUAUAGUUGGACGCAAAACUGUUAACCUACUUUGGCUAAAUGUUCAGUAUGAUGGAUUCUACACCGAACACAAACACAGUCCAGCAUCCUAUAUGCAGAAAGUUGUGAGGUACUAUCCUCUUGAUUACCUAUCAUCUCCAGAGAUUGGUUUCUUGAAGGCUAUGCAAGGAAAAGUCAAUAAAGCAAGGACAAAGCUCAUAUUCCGAUUUCUGGCCGCGGAUGCAGUUGAACCAUCCACCAAUCAAACAUAUAGUUCUAUACUAAAAGACCUUGAGUCGAUCAAGUCAUUCGCAUCUGGAAUACUUGUUCCCAAGGAGUAUAUAUUCCCAGUUGGCACAAACAAUUAUCUGGAAGCUCCCACCAGUCUUGUGGCGGAUGCUCAUAAACAGGGCCUUGAAGUAUAUGCUUCUGGUUUUGCAAAUGACUAUCCAGCAAGUUUCAACUAUAGCUAUGACCCAACAUCGGAAUACCUGCAGUUCAUCGAUAACUCUGAGUUUUCUGUUGACGGGGUGCUUACAGAUUUCCCUCCAACAGCUUCAGAAAGCAUGGUAUGUUUUACCCAGAACAACAACAGUAGCAAGCCCAUCAAAGGUAACAUGUUAAUCUGAAUCAUUCUGACAUAUGGUUAUUCAAUCAACUUCUAUUUACCAAAGUGUCCCUGUGCAGGGAAAGCUUUAAUCAUAUCUCACAAUGGAGCAAGUGGAAAUUAUCCGGGGUGCACUGAUCUAGCAUACCAGCAAGCAAUAGAUGAUGGUGCUGACAUCAUCGACUGCUCAGUGCAAAUGUCGAAAGAUGGAGUAGCCUUCUGCUUGGAUUCUGCAGACCUGUCAGGAGAUACCACUGCAAUGCCCACUUUCAUGUCUCGAUCGACCGUUAUCCCCGAGAUCCAACAGGACAGCGGAAUCUUUUCCUUUGAUCUUACAUGGAGCGAAAUCCAGAGUUUGAAGCCUCAACUUGUCAGCCCUUUUGGUAGUGAUCCUGGCUUCCAGAGAGAUCCAGCAAAUAAGAACAAAGGCAAAUUUGUCACUCUUUCAGAAUUUCUGGAGCUUGCAAAGUCAAAGGCAGUAUCGGGUGUUCUGAUAAACAUAGAGAAUGCUGCUUACCUAGCAUCAAAGAAGGGUCUUGGCAUAGUAGACACUGUUUCCAAAGCCUUAAGCAACACCACAUUCGACAAACAAUCCACACAACAAGUCUUGAUCCAAUCCGAUGACAGCUCCGUAUUAUCACAGUUCAAGAAUGUCUCAACCUACAAAAGAGUGUUGACAAUUGAAGAGAAAAUAAGCGAUGCACCAAAGCAGCCAGUAGAACAGCUUAAAAAGUACGCUGACGCAGUCACCAUCACGAGGCCCUCCAUCAUGCCAGUUUCAAACAGCUUCCUUUUGGGCAAUACAAGUGUUCUUGACGAAAUGCAUGCCGCAAAUAUCUCGGUAUAUGUCUCUGUUUUGAGGAACGAGUACAUUUCACUCGCAUUCGAUUAUUUUGCGGAUCCUAUUCUGGAGUUGGCUACUUAUGUAGCAGGAUUUGGAGUUGAUGGAGUCAUCACUGAAUACCCGGCAACAGCCAACAAAUACAUGAGAAGUCCAUGUUUUGAUUUGAAUGCCAAGCAAGCCAUCUUACCAGUUCAGCCUGGUUCUCUUAUUAGCAUUAUCCAAGGAGCCGAGCCACCAGCAGAAGCUCCUGCUCCAACCCUCGAAGUCUCAGACAUCGUCGACCCACCUCUACCUCCUGUAGCCGCCAAUCUAACCACGAACUCACCACCUGCACCUGCACCUGAUGCCAAGCACUCCAGUGCACUAAAAGAAGUUGCUAAUUUGGGUCUAUCUCUAGCGGCUAUUGGAGCACUCGGUUUACUCUUUUAGGGACAUUGACACGAGGAGCUGUCCAAUGGAUCUGCAGGUCAUCUUUCCUCUCUCAUGUUUCACUUAGCUUACUCUCUUUCUCUUGAUUCAUUUCAGUUUGUAAUAUAGUAAAGAAAUCUGCCAUUGACUAUUAUCAGAAGUGAGUUAUGCUAAGUGGUGUGUGAUGACCAUUUUGGAUCCACAAGUCCUCAAUGACAAUCUAAUUGGUGGCGAUUUUGACCCCAUCCAAAAAAGAUUUGGCAA